CUCGGGUUCGCUGAUUGGAGACGAGGGAGGAAAGACGGUGGGCGUAGCCAAUCCGGGUCGCCUUUUGCCGCUCUUCUCCCCGCCCCCUCCUUCCAGCGGAGUUAGCUGGCCUCCGUCUGGCUGCGGUGCCGGCGUCUGCUUGCGCUCUCCCAAGGGUCAGCCGGGAGUGAGCCGAAGAGGCCGAGGUUGCGGACGCCGGCGGGCAGGCCAUGGGCUUUCCCGGGCUGCCGCAGCCCCCCGCCGAGGGCUGGCCCUGGCCUCUGCGCCUGCUGCACGCUCCUCCCGGGCUGCUGCGGCUGGACCACGUCGGCGGCGCGCUGCUGCUGCUGCUCGGCCUCGCGGCGCUGCUCCGCUGGAGCUGGCUGUGGCGGCACCGGGCGCGUGGCAUCCCCCCGGGGCCCACGCCCUGGCCCGUGGUGGGCAACUUCGGCUUCGUGCUGCUGCCACCCUUCCUCCGACGGAAGAGCUGGCUGCAGCGCCGGGCGACGGCCGCGGGAGUGGAGCCCUCGGCCCUGGGCCCGCAGUUGCUCCUGGCCGACCUGGCCCAAAUAUACGGCAACGUCUUCAGCUUUUUCAUCGGCCACUACUUGGUGGUGGUCCUCAGCGACUUCCAAAGCGUGCGCGAGGCGCUAGUGCAACAGGCCGAGAUCUUCAGCGACCGUCCGCGGGUGCCGCUCGUCUCCCUCGUAACCAAGGAGAAGGGUAUUGUAUUUGCGCAUUAUGGUCCAGUCUGGAGACAACAGAGGAAGUUCUCUCAUGCAACUCUUCGUCAUUUUGGCUUGGGAAAACUUAGCUUGGAACCCAAGAUUAUUGAAGAGUUUAAAUAUGUAAAAGAGGAAAUGCAGAAGCAUGGAGAAGACCCCUUCAACCCUUUCCCCAUUCUCAACAAUGCUGUCUCCAACAUCAUUUGCUCCCUGUGCUUUGGCCAGCGUUUCGAUUACACCAAUAGUGAGUUUAAGAAAAUGCUCAAUCUUAUGUCACGAGCUUUAGAAAUCUGUCUGAACACCCAGCUCCUCCUGGUCAACAUAUGCUCCUGGCUUUAUUAUCUUCCCUUUGGACCAUUUAAAGAAUUAAGACAGAUUGAAAAGGAUAUUACCACUUUCCUUAAAAAAAUCAUUAAAGACCAUCAAGAGUCUCUGGAUGUGGAGAAUCCUCAGGAUUUCAUAGACAUGUACCUUCUCCACGUGGAUGAGGAGAGAAAAAAUAAUAGCAACAGUAGCUUUAAUGAAGAUUAUUUAUUUUAUAUCAUUGGGGAUCUCUUCAUUGCUGGAACUGAUACCACAACGAACUCCUUGCUUUGGUGCCUUCUAUAUAUGUCACUGAACCCUGACAUACAAGAAAAGGUUCAUGAAGAAAUUGAAAGGGUCAUUGGUGCCGAAAGAGUCCCUUCCCUCACUGACAAGGCCCAGAUGCCCUACACCGAAGCCACCAUCAUGGAGGUGCAGCGGCUGACUGUGGUGGUGCCACUUGCCAUUCCUCAUAUGACCUCAGAGAAAACAGUGCUCCAAGGAUAUACCAUUCCUAAAGGCACAGUGAUAUUACCCAACCUGUGGUCAGUACACAGAGACCCAGCCAUUUGGGAGAAACCAGAUGAAUUCUACCCUAAUCGAUUUCUGGAUGAGCAGGGACAACUUAUUAAAAAAGAAACGUUUAUUCCUUUUGGGAUAGGGAAGCGGGUUUGUAUGGGAGAACAGCUGGCAAAGAUGGAACUAUUUCUGAUGUUUGUGAGCCUAAUGCAGAGUUUCACAUUUGCUUUACCGAAGGAUUCUAAGAAGCCCAUCUUGACUGGAAGAUACGGUCUAACGUUAGCCCCACAUCCAUUUGAUAUAAUCAUUUCUAAGAGAUAAAGAACAUGCCCAAGAAGAGGCAUAAAUCCAUUUCCUUCUAAGCAGAUGCUUCCUCUGCGGUUGACAGCAGACCCAGCCAUGCGGUGGGUCCAGGUCAGGGUCAGAUGAGAGGGAGACUGCAAGGAGGGUAGAGCUUGAUUCUUCAGUAGCAUAUGUCUGUCAUUUUAUAAUGUGCAUCUGUGACUCAUGGGAUGCGGGCCUAAAGACUGGAUCUGGAAGAAGUGAUCUGCAGUUGAUUCCCAGUGGCUCUCACCAAGGAACGUUUCUUCUCAUCUCUCAGUCAUUCCAUGUAUAAUGUGAGGUUAAGAAAAGUCACCUUCUCUCUCUGUAUUUCAGCACUAAAGAAGGUCAAAGGGCCCAUGUCUUUUCUGACAUCACCAAAACACUGUUACAUUCUAGAGAACAAAUUCAGAAGUAGAAGGAAGACCUGCAAGUUUGGGACCUGUGACAGCACGAAAGUGGUGCUGAGGCUUGAAUACUUUGUGAGGGAGGGACGCGGGUUUAGGCAGUGCGGAGCGAGAGCUUUUCUCUGCACAGAUCUUAUGUCGGUUUGGCGGGAGGGCUUGUUCUGUUACAGUUAUCUCUUUGUUGGUGAUUUAGUUUUUACAUUUUGUAGAUAUGGGCUCAAGUGCCCUUGUCCAGUAUGCAGAGGAAAGGAUAUUGUGUGAAUUUAUAUGUCUAUCUUCUUUUUUUUUUUUUUUUUUGGUUUAUUUUGAGAGUGAGAGGGCCACGGGCAUGUGCCCGCAUGAGUGGUGGCUGGGCAAAGAGAGAGGGCGGGGGAAUCCCAAGCAGGUGUCAGCGUGCAGCCCGAUCCCAUGAACCUCAAGAUCAUGACUUGAGCCCAAAUCAAGAGUCGGAUGCUUAACUGACUGAGCCGCGCAGGCACCCCGUGUGUCUACCUUCUAUUUCAAUGAUCGGAACCGUGUGCCUGGCUGAAGAGGUGGCUUCAAGGCAGCGUUCCUUUCUGCUGUGCUACUUGCAGAUGUGUAGCCUCUGCCUUUUGACUUGAGCCCUGAAUAGUGAGCUUGGGCAUUUUGAUACUGGGAUUCAUCAGGGAAAGAGUCAACCUGUGCUUGAACAUCCCUUUUCUGUUCUAUCUUCUGCUGGGCUUAAUAUGUCUCUACUUUCAGUACUCUCAAAGACAGAGAGACUUUCUUUUUUUUUUUCUUUUUAAUGUUUAUCUAUUUUUGAGUGAGAGAGAGACCGUGUGCGCACGCAUGUGCACAUGCUCACUGGUGGGGUAGGGGUAGAGAGAUAGUAAGAGAGAGUCUCAAGCAGGUUCGGUGCCGGCAGCACAUAAGAUCGAUCGUGACCUGAGCUAAAAUCAAGAGUUGUUCGCUUAACCAACUGAGCCACCCAGGCGCCCCAAGAACUACAUUGCUUCUUAAGAAAAACAGUCCCUCUAGAAGAGCAGUUCUCAAAAAAAGGUAAUGACUGUUUAAGGGGGUGUUUGGAGAUGUGGAAGGGCAUCUUUGGGUAUCACAGUGAUGAGGGUGCUAUUGGCCUUGUCCGAGCCGACCUCCGCAGGGAGAGGUAAUACUGCCUAGUAUGCAGGUAUUUCCCCCAAUGAGGAUUUGCUCCACAGAAUGACCAGCCCUUUCCUUGAUCCUUCCGUAGAAUUCAUACAGAAGCAGUCAUGAUAAUAUGAGCAUGCGCUAUUUUGAGCCUUUCCUCGUGCUGGUCCCAUACUUAAUGCUCUACUGGUAUGCUUACAUAAUUCUUACAGAAACUCUGUUAAGAAGUAUUUUGUAGCUGAUAGAGCUGAAAGUUAGAGAAGUAAAGCUACAUGUAGUUAGAAAGUAGCAUUGUUCAUUUCACACCUCCCAGUCCUUGGGGCCAGAGAGUUCUUUGUGAACUGCUUCUCUGUACUGCUGCCACUUGAUCCCCUGGGAGUCUACUCUGUGUUUUCAAUAUAGAUGGAUGAAAUGCAGGCAGAUCUCUAGGUGCCUUCAGGAUUUUUAUCAACUAAAAAAGAAAAACAAAUAAACUAAGUGCCCAGGAAUUGUGAGCAAAUGGAGCAGUUGUUGUAUAGAUUUUUGAUGAGAUGACGCACAUGUGGUUAAUGCUGCACUUGGAGCGGGACAGGUUGUCCCUGAUCUGGAAUUUUAUAUGCUUUUGAAUUGCACUAAUAAUUUCACAUCAGCAAGUUUAUUACUCCUUAAUUGAUAAAUACUUUUUUUUCAACAUUCCUAUCCAAUUUGUAGCUUACUUGAAAAAAAAACUGUCCUGUGAGAUUCUGUUUGAACCAAAUGCUCCUUAAACUUUUAAAUAUAAUGCCUCAGAUUGUAGCACUUUAAAAACCUCUUUAUAUGGUAAGUCACUGAAAGGACUGUUAAUGCUUUCCUUGUAUAUAUUGACAUUUUGUGAUUUUGAACUUUAUGAUUUAUAAUAGUAAUUUGUUUUACAUAUCUUCUUAAUGUCUAAUAUUUUGUCCUCUUUAGCAUAACUUAUGGUGCUUUUAUUAAACUUUUAAUUUUAUGGAAAUAG